CGUUGUUGUUGCUGCUCGGUUCACGGCAUCAGAUCGCCCGUGUGUGUUCAUAGCCGCUGUGUGCAGCGCUUAUCACGCUCAAGCAACAGCAGGCUCUUUGCAGUCAGACAUGGCUCCCAGCUGCCCAACGUGCCGCGUGCCGACUGGUCCGGUGCGGCGCUGCUUCAUCGAGGCCGAGUGCCCAGUCUGCCUCUCGGCGUCGGCGUCAACGUAUGUGCUGACUUGCGGCCACACGGUUUGCGCCAAUGAGCUCGGGGCGUUGGCGUUGGUAAAGGAGACGUGGAGGCCGCCGAGAUUUAUCUUUCGACGAUUCCUGGCGUGCUGCCUCCCAUGGCUCUCGCCGGCGCUCGUCUGCGUCUGCGCAUGGGAUCGCAAUGCUUUAUUGUUGCCGAUCCAGUACAUGUACACGGCCGCGCGUGCUGUUGAUGAUUCGGUGCUUUCUCACUUCCGAUUCACUAGCAGUCGCUACGACGGGCUGUGCGCUUCGGCUUGCUACGCCACGGCCGAGACGGAUUCGCACACGUGCCGCAGCGAUUGCGACUGCGACGGAGCACGCACUUGCAGCUUCUUCUCUUUCUGUGUUGGCGAUGCGAGCGAUUGCACGACGAGCGGCGAUCGGCCGGUUUGGAAGCUCGAAUCCUCGAAAUUGCGGCGGUCGAAAUUGGACCCUGGCGAGGCUGCUGUGGACACGGUGCAGUCCGUGCAGCACACGCACCGGUUCAGCGCCACGCCAUUCGAGCAUUUUUGGGAGCUGCGCAAGACCAGAGACGCCAGCGUUCGCGCCCUGAUGCAGAUGGGCCUGGACAGUGGCCUGGGUUUUGAUGCUUUGAAUGUGAGCUUGGUCAGCACUUGGUCAGACCCGUUUGCGCUACACACGAUGAGUGGGCUCCGGCUGCGGCUGCUGGUUGCACUUGAUCGAUCGUUCGUCGUCAUCUCUGGGCCCGAAGGGUACUACUUGCGCGCAUCGAUGGACCUUUACCUUGACGGGCAAGUGGCGCAGUCAGAAGCAACAUCUUGCAAUCAAACUGCAGCCCGCUGGCUCGUUGCGAGUGCGAGCCUCGACGUCAACUUGGACGCCAGGGACCUCGCCAGGUAUGAACUCACUGUGACUGCGCUCGAGGUCACCUACCUGCCAACCUGGUUCUCGUAUCAGGGCGGCGCGGCCAGAGAUCGUACAUCUAUUUUGCGGCUCGACACGCAUGCGCUCUUUGAGGCUUUCUCACCACGGGCGGCGUGGUUGGAGGAUCGGCUUUGGACCGGUAUAAUGCGCCACGGGUCGUCCCUCGCUGCGCCUUUUGAGUUGUCCGGCAUCGGCACGUUUCUUCUGCGCAUUUUCCCCAAUGGCGCCCGUAGGGAUCGCCAGCAUGGUGAUCGCACGGCUGCCGCGGGCGCGCCUCCAGGGCGCUGCUCCGUGCUGCUCAGCGGCCCCAGCGGGGUCGAGAUCUCCUUCGUCCUCCACGUCCAAGGCCUCACCUGGGGCACGGUCGCGCAUCCGCUCAGGUGCGACGACGUGGGCAGCGGCUGCUGGCUGAUGGACGCCGGCGAGGCAGCGGGAACGUCGCUCGACACGACCUCGGGGGCCCGCGGCCUCGUCGCGGUCACGGUCUUGUCUGCACGGCAACCCACGUGGAGCUUGCCGGUCAGUGGGCAAGUGCUGUCGGACGCGGCGCGGUCGCCGCUGGAGCUGGCGCGUGCAGCAUGAUCGUCGUCGGCCUUCUCGAGCGUCGUCAGGGCGCAAACACGAACGCGAUCGGGGCAACGCGCCGCAUCGUGCGCAGUGACGUUCCCGCCCCGCGACUGCGGUGCCUCGCUGCGCGACGCUCCUGUUGGCGGGGGAGUGGUCUCGAGGCGGCGGUUCUGGCGGCUCUCGAAGCAUACUGGAUGGAGCCGGGGCCUCCCUGGGAAGUGCCUGGAGGUGCCCGGGAGAGCCUGUGAGCCGCCUGGGAGUCACCAGGGAGCGCCGGGAAAAUGCUUGGGAG